AUGGGAGGGGGAGUUAAAGUGUUUGAUCAGGAAGGUCUGGGCGGGCUGGACAUUGAUGGGGCUCUGAAGGUGUUGGCCAAAGAUCAUAGAUCUUCUAUGAUCUUUGGUGUUGGCUGUGAAAGCUGCGCAGGCGCGGUAGCCAGUGGGCGGGCGGGCGGAGGCAGGUCACGUGAGCGGGGCUGUUUAUGUUUGAAUGGCGCGGGAGGGCGGGAGCUGAGUAACGGCCGGUGUUGCGGGCAGAGCCGGCGCCGAUAUCCUUUCCAGAUGGAUAAAAUGGUGACUGGAUGCCUGAAGGUGAACGAUUGUGUGAUAUUCCAAUGCAAGAAGUGCCACACUGUACUGGGAGAUUCUCUGCAAUGCUGUGGUUCCAACGCAACGCUCAAUGUGCUGAUAUGUUUAAGGGUGACUGAGAAUGUGGAACUGGAUCCUACUAUUUUAAUAGAAUGUGAAGGGCCGCUGUCUGAAUGCCUUUACAAGUGCUUGUACUGCAGAUGCUGCAAGACCAAUGUGGGCAUUGUUCCUUUCUCUACAACAGAUGUGUUGUCUUGCCUGCGUGGACUGUACUGUUUGGACAAGGAAAUGUUUCACUGCUACCAGUUGCAAAGCAAUUCUGUCGUGGAAGCCUCAUCCCUGAAUCUUGAACCACAGAGCUUAACCCAGCACAUAGGAGAGUUGAAAAGGCAGAUUGUGGUGGCUCACUGUCGCCUGAUGACAGCAAUGAAGGCGUUGGAGGAAAUUAUCGGGGUCAAGGAUGGGCUUGGGACAAGCACCAUUGACCUGCAACAUGUGUCUAAACCAGAGAAGAAACGCAAGGUGUAGGAAGGAACUGCGGCUGCUGGUAUACAUCGAAGAUGGACACAAAAUGCUGGAGUAACUCAGCCAGACAGGCAGCUGCCUGGCCCCUUGAGUUACUCCAGCAUUUGAGUUUAUGAACUGCAAGGUUUCACGUCUGCUUCAAUUUAGACAAUCAGAACCACUGUUCAUCGGCUGAACUGUUAACGGUAUUCGAAAGGGCAUUUUGCCUUCUCUGAAGGAAUUCUGGCCGUGUUUGAUCAAAGAGGGUCUAGUGGAGGAAGCAGCACUAAUUUCUUUACUACAUGUGAACGCCUUUGCUGUUGGUUGUUGUGAGAUUUGGUUUGUGUAACUUUCUCUUUGAUUAUGGACUCUUACACAAGUGCUUUGCCAGAUCAAAUCUACUUCAGUGACACCUGAUAUUUAACAUUCAAAAGCACCUUCUUUCAGUGUUCACUUGGUUUGAUCGUCCACAUCAUUCGAUAUAGAUUAUUUCAGAUUAUAUUACAGAUGUACAGUACACCCCAGUCCUGACUCAGUCCUGCUUUCUGACAUUGAGCUGUAAUGUAUCUGCACAGUCGUUUCUUGAUCAGCAAUUAUGUUUGUGUACUUAAAUUGUACAUUAGGUGCCUAAUUAUCUUAGUUCACCAUACAAUUCUACUAUGAACAAUAAUUUAAAUAUUUGUCCAAGCUCCACCCAUGGUUGUGGUUAUAGGUCACGGGGCAAUGUGCUCGAUUAGCGUUGCAGAAUGGCCAUUGGCUGAGUCGUUAACUUUCACGAACAGCUAACUAUCCAAACUGAUUCUAGCUUUAAGCGUCGGAGGAGAGGCUAUGCCUUACCACGUGCUGCUUUCUAACACUUAAAAUAGAGAGGUAAUGAUCAGCUUUGAUACUGAUCAAAAAACAAGGCGAGUGCUGUUUACAUGUAUUCCAACGUUAAUCGUUCAUGCCACAGUUGGAAGUGUUGGUGAAUGUUACUCGUGCAAUAAACAACAGAUGGUGCUAACUUUUAAUAUCUUCAACAAUUGGUUACCAGUUGCCUGAAAUGGACACAAAACAGAAUUCCAUUAUCUUGGAUUAGUCCAAAUGUGGAGUUUUGUGCUUUGUCCAAAUUAGUGAACUGCUUUGUGGAAUUUUGUUUUGGUUUGAAUUGCAUUGUGAACAGGUCAUACAAGACGUGGUUUUGAACAAAUUCAAUGAUCUUAUAUAUUUUCUGUCUCAUUAUUGAUGUUUUUGACAUUUUGUAGAAUAACUGGAUGAGUCCUUCCAUUUGGUUCCUAGACAGGUUUGAAUUUAUAAUAAAUAAUUAAGUGUCUAAUACUACCAACCUAUUUGUGCUUGUGACUGCAGACUAUGACACUUUCUAAUGUUGAGUUUAUUAAAUGAUAUAAUGUAUAUUGAUCUAAAUAAACAUUUAUUAAACUUCACCCAUUUCUUGCUGGAUAUUUAUUUCCUGAGAAAGAUCACAAAGUUUGGUUUAACUAUGAUAGCAAUGUUGCUGGUGUAGUUUAACAGCAACUUGUCUGUAAAUUUCUAAGGUCGAUUUUUCUUCCAAUACUCUGCUGGUGAUGACUUGAGGGGUCUAGUUUCUGAAUUUUAUUUUUUGUGCUAAUGGAAAUCCUAGCCUCCAACUCCAUAUUUGUCCAGGAUAUUUGUCAUAUUCUAGACCUAUUGCGCAGAAAGCCAGGAGGAAUGAUUCCCAGGCAAAAUUAAUGUUAGAUGUAGUUUCAGAUUUUAAAGAUCCAGUGUGAAGAUGCAGUGGGGUGGUUGCAAUGGAAAAGAUUUGACUAGAAUUUAAUUUGUGCAUUGCCUGGGGUCAAAGCUCUGCCUUGCAGAGAAGCCAUUGGACCCAACUAGACUGCACUUUUAGUCCCGAUUCCAGCAGCUGCAAUCUCUUGCACCUCUAAUCCACACCUUUGUUUACCUUGUUAUCUGCCUGUUUCUGUCCCUAUUCCAUCAUUUCUUAAUGACAAAUGUCUUAAACCAUGUAAGGGCAGAAAAUAAUCCGAAACCUUAGUUUAAGAAGUAUCUGCUCCUUUUGCAACAGAUAAUGUUUCAGGUCAAUGGCCUAAGAGCAAUGUUCACUGUUUCUUGCUCCAUUUAGGUGUUGCCUGACCUGACUCUGCAACAUUUUUCACAGUAUCUACAGCAUUUUCCUUUUUAAACCUGUCUUGUUCUGUAUUUACUUUGCAAAAAUCAUUUUUGGCUGGAUUAUUCAUUUACAGAAUACCAGACAAAAUAAGCAAGUUAAAUGGAAGAAUUCAAAUUGAAGUUGUUUUUAUUUAUGUUUGCAAAUAAA